CAGGACCUCGCACAUAUCAGCGCGUGCUGCACUGUGGGCCUGUUCAGCUCUGCACAAGAGAAACCAGAAAUCAAAACAAAUCCAGCACCCGAGCGAAGAAGGAAUAUGCUGUUUUAUAGACAGCCCUUUUCGGUAGCCGGAAAGUUCUCAGUGUCCCGGUAAAAAUGGAGUGGUUGACGAGCAAAUCGUUACCAGUGCAGAAUGCAAUCCGGGCCCUUUUCUCCCUUUCUACUGUUCUACAACUGCAUUCUCUCAUCGGCAACCGCCACUUUAGCUACCUACGUUAGCAAUCUAUAUUUAUAUAUCCUUGAAUCCAAGUGGUGCCUAUAAUCUUCACUGGUCAAUUCAGUAUUAAGAUGGAGGUGAAUCCUCCUGGUACUGACGGAGAAGCUGCUGCGAACAGCGGGCCAGAUGCAGUGCAGGAAGCUGGAGAGGUGCACGCAGCCAUGCUGUGGUCUGUCCAGCAGGCUGUGGAGAGGCAGACUCUCCAGAUCGGGGUCUCUGCGUGCGGUGCAACGGCUGUGGUGGACGUCCUCCAGGCCCUGGGGAUCACAGUGGCGCCGGAGACAGCUGACCGCUGUGUUCGGACGAGGCUGCGGAGGAAUGCUUCCCCGCUGCCUGAUUACCUUCACUCACGCAGCGAAGCUGGUGCCACACACCAUCAGCUGAUUGAUGGAGCAGAGCAAGCCAGUGGGGCUCGAGUGCUGGGCAGGUUCUUUAGUUUUUACCCUCCCAGGCGUGUGAAACUGGUGUCCUGGCUGGCACAUUGGAUUUGGUGUGGGGCCGUGCCUGUGGCAACCAUGAACAUGCAGCGAGGAAUGGCAGAGGGCGAAGAGAUCCCUGACGCCUGGCAUCACCAGCUGGUCUUUGGGGUGGGACCCAACACUGUGUUCAUGACAAAUCCCCUGGAUGUGGUUAGCGAAGAGAAAGCACAUGUGCGACUGUGCAGUGAAUCAGUGCUGCUGAUCCGACGUGAAGAUGUUUUAAAGAGAUUUGAGCCAAACUCUCCAAUUUCCCUAAUCUCAGACCAGUGUGCUGACCCCCGCUGGAAAACUCUUGAUGUGGAAGGUCAAGUUAGACGGAUGAUGAAUGAGGAGGGCAACAGUAAUGAAGACCAUCCAAAGAUGACACACAUAACAGUCCCUGCAGCUUAUAGGUCCGGAAUCACACUUUUUGCCCUGAGAGACUCUUCUGUAGGCCAGGAACUGCUCAGUGUCUCUGAAUUGCCUAUGCUGUGAUCGGAAGACGUGUGUACCUUUGUGGGAGUGAAUUGAUCUCAGCCACUGUUUCCAUCAGUGUUGUAAUUUAAGACCUAGCCAGGAUUUUUUAAAUAUUACAGAACUGGAAUCCCCUCUUUGCUAGGUCAAAUUUGAGUCCUACAAAGAACUUGCAAAUUUAACAUGACUGGAAUUUUUUUUUUUUUUUCAUUUGUGAGCAACAGUAGUAUACAGAUGUAAGUUGCAUUUGGGUUUGCAUCCUAUACAUUUCUAAGAAAGAUAUAUUUAAUGUAAGUGAAAUUGUUUUAUUGAUGUUAUUGUGACUGAAAACAUGUGCAUUGGUUCUUGGCUUGACUAAUUUACACAUGACACUGGUGUAACAGUUGUUAUUCAAGUUCUCACACUGUGAUCAGUCAGUUCUAGUUCAGAGCUAAAAUACAUACUGAAAAGCACCAGCAACUUAAAGUACAUUUGAAAAUCAGUUCAACGAGAAAAAUAAAAUAACUUUAAAAUAGGAA